GCUGUGUUGGUUGACGGACAGGGAGGAGGACGGCUGGAGAGAGGUGUACACGCAUACAUACGCGACAAGUAAUAACGGCGGCUGAGGCAGAAGAACUGAGGGUUCGAAGACGUUAAGGUGGUCCCUUGCACGGCGCAAGGACUCUCCGACGGUAUCGUAGGCCGUCCCCAAUCCCCGCCCAAAAGCGGGUACGAACGGGCGCGCACCAUCGCCUCGUGACUCCCUUGCGAGGAGAGAGGCAGGCGGGGUGCCGAAAGCACUCCAAUCUCGAACGAUCAAGCGGUAACUUGCUUGCGCGCGCACGCGCCAUCCCUCGGCCUUUUUCCGGCUAAUGGUCUGUCCGUCCGUCCGUCCGUCCGUCCGUCCAACCAACGCCACAGCAGGAACAGCGAGCGAUGACAGGGGGCCCGCUUACAAAGAGCUGGCGGGGCGAGAAGAAACGGAAGAUGACCACGAGGCAGACAUUACCGUUGUCCCCGGCUGCACUCCCCAAGGUGGGCUAGCUAGCCCCGAGCACGAUGAGGUAGAGAUGACCGUUUUCCCUGGCUGCAACCCCCCAGGCGGGCUAGCUAGCCCGGAAGACGAUGAUGAGGCAAAGAUCACCAUGGCCCCCGGCUCCAACCCCCCAGAUCACUCUCCGGAGAAGCCGAGGAUGCGGAGCCACAUCUUCAUGCUCAAGGCCGGUCUCUGCGUGUCGCUGGUUUGGUUCUUCGCGCAGUGGACGUAUAACACCUCCCUGGCGUACACCAGCGUCACCAGCAGCACCAUCAUCGCGAACUCGUCGGCCCUGUUCACGUACCUGUUCAGCGUCGUGGCUCGGACGGAGCGUUUCACCAAGACGAAGACCGUCGGGGUCGCCCUGGCGCUGUUGGGGGCUGUGGGCUUGGGCGACAACGAAGACGGCGACGCCGCGCACGACUCGCUGUGGGGAGACGCGGCAGCGCUCAUGUCUGCUGUAGGGUACGGAGUGUAUUCAACGAUCCUGACAAUACUAUGCCCUUCCGACGACGAGGUGUCGAUGAGUCUUGUGCUGGGGUACAUGGGAGUCGCGAACGCCUUGAUAUUCCUGCCGCUGGUUGUCGGGCUUGCGUACGCGCCGGGCAUGCACAUCCUGCACGGGCUGACAUUCCACAUUGUCCAGCUGAUCGUCUUCAAGGCCGUCAUGGACAACGUAAUCUCCGGGCUAUUGUGGGCCCGAGCGAUCCUGCUCACGACACCAACGGUGGCCACCGUGGGGUGCUCGCUCACGAUCCCGAUCGCGUUCGUGUCGGACUUUGCCAUGCACGGGAAGGUGCCGAACCCCCUCGCGGUCUUGGGGGCCUUCCUUGUCGUGGGCGGCUUUUACUUCGUCAGCGACAGGGAGGGCGGCGGGGCCGGCGGCGGCUCCUCCGAUGGGGGGGGAGCCUGCUGCAACGCCGCUGGGGUAUGUCCGACCGAGAGAAAAUUUUGUCUCAGGAGGACACGAGCCAAGUCGGACGAGAGCUGAUAGUUGUGUUUUCUUGUCGUCUCUCCUCUCUCAUAUCGCUGUUCCUCUUUGCAGCGUGAUUCCACUGCCAGCCACACACGCCGUUGUCUAGUGUGUUGGGUUAGGAGUGGGGGCGAUUCACAAACGUGCGUCCUACCAGAAUACCGGGGUCCUGUAAGAGUUGUGGAUGACAAACGGCACAUCGGCUUGUGUAGCGCUGCUGGUGGCGACCAUGGAGAGGGGUGUAGUUGGGUACUCUCUGUUCGUGGCGCGCAGCAACAGAGUAGCCGUUGCUGUCGCUGCCUGCACCCACUGCCUUGUUGAGAUAUUUCGCUGUCUCCGCGGCCUAAACUAACACAGCGCUUGGAGUCAUCCUGUGCGACAUAAAAAAUAGAUCACGGAGUGCUGCAUGGACACCAAGAGAGUGGGGCGGAUUUCGAGCGAAUGGCAUGCCAUUCAACGUGCCCCGCCUCGCGGGGUUUGCUCGGGAGUUAGUAGCAACACAGCAAGUAUUUAUUGGUUCGUCGGGCGUUAUUGGUGACCACUUUUUCUACAUUUGCGUGUUCCUUUCCCCCGUUCACGCCUCUUUUCCAGAGUUCGUAGUUUUCCGUAGAGUCGGUCUUCCGGCGACGGGUGUGUCUUUUAUGUCCUUCCUGCACCACGUUUUUCUACGAUUCUUCCCAUGUAAGUACGAAGCACUGGUUCCUGGCGCGGGCUGUUGUGUCGUCAAUGUAUUAAUAGUAUACUGACGAUUGUUGCGUGGCAUCAUCAGGGAGAGUCGCGGAUGCGUCGGGCGGUACCGGUGGAUGGUAAUUUCCACGGUUUCUUCUUGUGCGACACUCAAAAGUCUAGAGUUCACUUGCCACGAAAGGCCAGGCAACGAGUGGUUGUUCGAUUAGUUUGGAGGACGUUGACGCUUUGUAAAUAUUAGGGGUUGGUGACAGCGUUCAAUUCCUCAAGCGUCUCCCGUGUAUGGUUUGACCGAACAGAUAACGGGAACAAGAAUCUGUGUAAACUUGGUGCCAUGUGUCGGGUCGUCAUGCGUCGGCCACACCUAGUUGCGUGUACCCUGAAUACUCUCCAUGCAUAAUAAUAAGCGAUGGAGGUCUUGGCGGGGCACGAGGUUGAGUCUAGACCGCUGGCAACACGGAACGCACGAGCCUAGCUGCAUGUGUGUGAUUCAGCAAGUUAGGAGGCGUGGUGUGCCUGAGCUCGCGGCGCACCUACUACCAGAUGACGUUGGCGUGGUAGGCCGGGCCAAAACAUUGAACGAGCCCACCGAGGGGCCACGAGUCCACCGAGAAACGUACCCCAAGUUGGACCUUCUGAACAACACCUUCGAUUUGAAGCUUGACGAGAUUUUGUAGGGCGUGCGUGAGUGGGCACACUGUGUUGAGAAAGAUGUGGACAGAUUCCAUCAAGGUCGCUGAGAUUCUGCGCGGUCCGUUGCAGAGGGGUUGGUUGGCAUCCUCCCCUAGA